AAAAUAAAGAGCUACACGAUUAAUUUUUCUAAGAAUCAAAAAGCCUAUUUCCCCGGACAAACAAUAUCUGGUGUUGUAACUAUCGUACUGACUGAAUCAACUCGAAUUAAAUCCAUAAAAAUUGGCAUUUUUGGAGAAGCCAAGACUCGAAUUGCUUACAAAUCUGGUGAUGAUACUAAAACCGCUUAUCAGAACCAAAAAUUUCUGGAACAUGUUACCUUAAACAUCUGUCUUCUGAAAUGUUUACUAGAUCGUAACGACAAGAAUCUUGAGAAUCAUCUUUUACUUGCUGGACAAUAUCGUUAUCCAUUCGCAUUUCGGUUACCAACGUCUGAUAUUCUUCCAUCAACUUUUGAGUCUAUCCAACCGGGCAACUCUAUUCGUUAUUUAGUCGAAUCAUGGAUAGAGUUACCGCUUAGAGUGCCCCCAAUAUGCAAGAAACCAUUCACAUUUCUUCAAGUAAUUGAUUGUAAUGCACCUAACUUUGAACCUCCGCUACCGCUAGAGAAUGAAAAAAGCAUAUGUUGUUGGUGUUGCCAGUCAGGACCACUUAUUAUUCGAGCAGCAAUCGACAAAAAAGCUUUUGUGCCUGGGGAAAAAGUAACUCUAUUAACAGCUGAAAUUGAAAAUUAUACAGACAGAAAUAUGAAUGGAAUAGCAAUUUCCUUACUACAAAUGGUUACUCGAAGAGCGAAAGGUAUAUUAUCUACAAAAUCUUACGCUUCCUUAGCACAAUCCGAAACUAUUAAACAGGGUUGCAGCUUUACUUGGAAUGAUAAAAGUAUCACUAUUCCUUGUCUACCCCCUACAAACUCAUUAUCAAAUAUUUUGAAAGUAGAAUACUUCAUAAAGGUUUAUGUAAAGGUUCCGAUGGAGCCUAAUCUCACUAUAGAUCUUCCUGUUAUUGUUGGAACUAUUCCUAUU